AUGGAUGCUCUCGUCCGAUGUUGCCAGCAUGUUAUUGCUGAAAAUAUCUUUGGCCUUUCCCACGCCACCUUGGAUUGCUCCCCCAGCAUGACCGUGGAGGGGUUCAGUAAUGCUGUCCUGGCUCCUGAUGCUGAGAGACAAGGCUAUGACAGACUCUCGCCAUUUGCCGUUAGUGGUGAAGGGGGAAGGAGCGUUGAUCGACUGUCCUUUGGAGGUGGAAGAUCUAGUUCGCGGGUGCGAGCAAGCGUGCUUGAUGACCGCAAGGUGGUCAAUGUCGUCAUUGCCAAAAAUUUUGACCAGGCUCCGGAUCACAUUCAACUACUAACACUCGAUCUCAUUCGUACAAAACGGAUCUAUACGCGGACGUCUUUCCACAGCGUGCCGAUGGCCUUUCUUUUUAUUCCACUUAUUGAAUCCAAGCCCCAAGGACUCGCCUCCUCCUUAAAUCUCCAUUUGAAUGACCACAUUUUCAUGUCGUAUUACCAUGAUCCCCAGAAUGGGUUGAUGAAUCUUGAAGAAAGUAGUGGGUGGUUGUCUGAUGAUCAAGGGUCGAUAUCCUCUGUCAUUCGAAAGCCCAGCCUAGUGCUAUCCAAAGAGCCUAAUGAGCCCUAUUUAAUUCGCGAAGAGCAUAUCAAUGCGCUACGGGAACUUAGCGAUAAUGUGACGUUUUCUGCGGAGAUAAGCAGCUACCUUCAAGAUAUUAUCAUUGCUCUCCGGAUGAAUCGGGGAGUGGCUGGUGGUCUGACUCCUAUCUCCACUCGCCAUUUCCAGUUACUUGCCCGUACGCUGAAAGCUGUUGAUUUAGUAUUGGCGGAUGCUUCCCCGGAAUCGAUCAUCGAGCAGGUCUUGGAGGGUGUCGAAGCACCUUUAUGA